AAUCAUCAACGUUUACAACAACAACCAUCAUCAUCAUCAUCAUCAACGACAAUAACAUCAUUGAUAAAUAAAUUACAACAAUCAUUUAGCGAUGCCAUGUCAGCGCAAAAAACAACUGUGGAUCGGAAAAAUUUUGAAAAAACCUAUAAAAAUAUGAACAAGGUUGUUAAGCUUUGUCAACAUAGCCGUAUGAAUCUGAAAAAUUCACCACCAUUUAUUCUGGAUAUUCUGCCGGAAACAUUUCAACAUUUAACCACUGUUUAUAGUAAACAUGAAGAUCGUUUAUUUAUUCUCGAUGAGAAUGAAUAUUUUCGUAUAUUUUUAGAAAAUUUGAAUAAAAAAUGUAAACAAGCCAUAAAAUUAUUUAAAGAAGGCAAAGAAAAAAUGUUUGAUGAAACUAGCACUUAUCGUCGUAAUUUAACAAAAUUAUCAUUGGUAUUUAGUCAUAUGUUAUCUGAGCUUAAAGCCAUAUUUCCUAAUGGUACAUUUGCUGCCGAUAAUUUUCGUAUAACAAAAUCGGAUGCAGCAGAAUUUUGGAAAAAUUCAUUCGGUGAUCGUACAAUUGUGCCAUGGAGGUUUUUUCGCCAAUCAUUACAUCAUGUUCAUCAGAUUAGUUCUGGCUUGGAAGCUAUGGCAUUAAAAUCUACUAUCGAUCUUACUUGUAAUGAUUAUAUAUCCAAUUUUGAAUUUGAUGUUUUCACCAGACUUUUUCAGCCAUGGUCAACUUUAUUGAAAAAUUGGCAAAUAUUAGCUGUCACUCAUCCUGGAUAUGUUGCCUUUCUUACCUAUGAUGAAGUGAAGGCACGUUUACAGAAAUAUAUUAAUAAACCAGGAAGUUAUGUAUUUCGAUUGUCAUGUACAAGACUUGGUCAAUGGGCCAUUGGUUAUGUAACACCAGAUGGUAAUAUUUUACAGACGAUACCUCAAAAUAAAUCACUUUGUCAAGCUUUAUUGGAUGGCUAUCGUGAAGGAUUUUAUCGCUAUCCAGAUGGACGAAACAUUAAUCCUGAUCUAACAUUAGCUGUUACAUCAAUGCCAGAGGAUCAUAUUCGUGUUACACAAGAACAAUAUGAGCUAUAUUGUGAAAUGGGAUCAACAUUUCAAUUGUGUAAAAUAUGUGCCGAAAAUGAUAAAGAUAUUCGUAUUGAACCUUGUGGUCAUUUACUCUGUACACCUUGUUUGAAUGCUUGGCAGGAUACCGAAGGACAAGGUUGCCCAUUUUGUAGAGCUGAAAUCAAAGGAACCGAACAAGUGGUUGUCGAUCCAUUUGAUCCAAGAGGAGGAAUAUCUUGCCAAAAAAUGUCUUCCAUUCAAAUGAUUGAAAAUUUAAAUAAAACUGCCAAUUCAAUUGGUAGUUGUAAUAGUAAUAAUAAUAAUAAUAAUUCCUCAUCAUCAUCAAAUAAUGUGCCUAAAACAACAACAACAACAACUACAAAUCAAGAUCAUAGUAGUAAUAAUAAUAACAAUAAUAAUCAAGAUAAUCUUGAUGAAAGUGAAAAUUGUUUUGAGGUAUGAUAAUGGCAUGAUCCAAAUACAUGGAUAGAAUCAUUGAAUUCAUUAGAAUAUAAUAAUAC